AUGGCUUCGCCGGCGAAGAUAACGGGAGACCCUCCGGCGCCGCCCGCCGCCUGCGCCGCAACGGUGGCAGAAAUCACGAGAAUCUACAAAUCGCUGCCGCCGAUCAGGCCUUCUAUCGAGGAGGUCGAGGCUGCCAACUCCGUGCUCCGCACCGUCGAGACCGAGCAGAGCCUCGAGCUCGAUGAGAUAUCCGGGCUGCAGCCGCCGCCGGACGUGCCGCCGGAGCUGUUCUCCGUGCUCCAGGAGGUCAGGGGGGCCGCGGUCGCCUUGAAGGGCCACGAGCAGCGGAAGGAGGCGGCCCAGGUGGUGGAGCUCGACAGGAUUUUUCAGGUGUUUGACCGGCUGAUUCAGAGGGCUUCGUCGCUGGUCUCCGGUGAGAAAGUGGUGGAUUCCGGUGGGGUUGAUGGGGACGGUGGAGAAGAGGCUGCGGCCGGUGAGGAUGAUAGGAUUGUGGAAUCUGCUAAACAGGAGGACAUCAAGAGUGUUGUUGAUGGUGUGAAGGGUUUUGCUCCUUCUAAAUUUAUUGCUUCGUCUUCAGGAGAAAUAGAAUCAGAAAAAUUUGAUCUGUUACAAGUGGCUGCAGUAAUCGAAAGCUGUUUCAAAACAAAGGCAAGAAUCUUAGAUCUUCAAGGGAAACUGCUCGACAAGGUUGAAUGGCUUCCUUUAUCCUUAGGAAAGCUAUCGACUUUAACCGAAUUAAAUCUAGCUCAAAACAGGAUCAUGGCCCUUCCAAAUUCCAUAGCCAGCCUCGAGACCUUAACGAAGCUUGAUGUCCGUGGGAACCAGCUCAUAAACCUUCCAAGUUCAUUUGGCGAGCUGGAAAAUUUAACCGACCUGGAUCUUUCAGCUAAUCUACUAAAAUCACUGCCCGAGUCUUUUGAAAAUUUAGCGAAAGUGAUUAAUCUCGAUUUAAGUUCAAACCGAUUCUCGAGCCUGCCCAGUACAGUUGGGAGUUUAAUUUCGUUACAGAGGCUGAAUGUGGACACGAAUGAUCUCGAAGAACUUCCCCACGCUAUUGGAUCGUGCUUAUCGCUUGUGGAGUUGAGAUUAGAUUUCAAUCGACUCAAAGCUCUUCCAGAAUCAAUAGGAAAUCUCGAACGACUCGAGAUUCUGUCUUUGCACUAUAACCGGGUAAAAAGGCUUCCAUUGACAAUGGGGAAUCUUUCUAAUUUGAGAGAGCUUGAUGUUAGCUUCAAUGAACUAGAGAGUGUGCCCGAAACCCUUUGCCUUGAUGUGAGCCUGAAGAAACUUAACUUAGGGAAAAAUUUUGCCGACCUGAGGAUGCUUCCGGAAUCCCUUGGGAAUCUUGAGAUGCUCGAGGACCUCGACAUCAGUGACAACCAAAUAAAGAUUUUGCCCGAUUCCUUCAGAUUCUUGUCGAAUUUGAAAAACUUCCGUGCUGACCGGGCUCCUCUGGAAGUGCCACCUAGGCACAUUACAAAAUUGGGUGCACAGGCUGUUGUACAGUACAUGGCUGAUUUUGUUUCUGGGAGGGAUUUAGAGAAGCAGACGAUAAAGAAGAAGAGAGGGCUGUGUUCUUAUAUAUGUCCACUGCUUUGUUUCGGUAUUGGGAAUGAAUAA